AUGUCAGAGAAUCUUAACCACACCGAAGCCUCUACCCAAAACCAUGACACAAAAGAGCAAAAGAACGUUAGAUUGAGCUGGAAAUCAAGAUGUAGAGAAAUGCAAGGUGUUCGUUGGGGAAAGAAGUCCCAGAGCUCAAACCAAAGAGAAAAUGGAAGGACCAGAUUCGUAGAAGGCACCUUAUUUAACAAAGAAUUCGAAAAAUAUUAUAAAGAUCAGAAGAUUUGUAAAGAAGAAGAAUGGAAAAUGUUCGAAGAAUACUCACGAAUCCCACUCCCAGUUUCAUUUAGAUUAAAUACAAGCAGUUUUUUGUGGAGGCAUACAAGAGAUAAGUUAAAACAAAUGUGUGAUAGUGAAGAUUUAUACCUUGAACCUUGUUUAGACUAUUGCCCAGAAUAUCUUAAAAAUGAAGAAGAUUACAACAUAUUCUUUCAAAUGAAAGCAAGUAAAUCAUCGCUCAGAAAAAAUGAAAAUUUUGCUCAAUUCCACCAAUUUCUAAUGAACGAAGAUAAUAGAGGCUCGCUGUGUAGACAGGAAACAGUGAGCAUGCUUCCAGUGUUAUUUCUGGACCCAAAACCAAAUGAAAACAUUUUAGAUUUCUGCGCAGCACCAGGAAUGAAAUAUCUCCAAAUAGUUGACAUGGUGGAAACCAGAUUAAAAUGGCAAAACUUAGAUAGCCUGAAAAACAAAGGCAUAAUAGUUGGAAAUGACGUCAGUCAGACAAGAGUUUCAACACUAGCACAUCACCUAAAGAGUAUAGAUUCACCCUCAACUGCAAUCACAAACUAUGACGCGACAAGGUUUCCAAAUUUGUAUAAUAAUAAGGGCCAAUUGAUUUUAUUCGACAAGAUAUUGGCAGACAUGCCAUGCAGUUGCGACGGAACUAUGAGAAAAUCAAUAGACAUUUGGACUAAUUGGAAAGCGACAAAUGGAUUACACCUACACAAAGUCCAGUUAACAAUACUGAAAAGAGGAAUAGAGCUUUUGAAACCUGGAGGCAUAUUAAUAUAUUCAACAUGUUCACUAAACCCUUUGGAGAAUGAGGCUAUUGCUAGCUAUUGUGCAUCUAAUGAGGAUGUGGAGUUGGUUGAUCUGGAACCAAUACAAGGUUUUAAGACGGAAAAGGGACUGACAGACUGGUUGGUUCCUGAUCUAAAUGGAGGUUAUUUUUCUGAUUUUUCACAAGUGAAUGAUAACUUGAAGGAACGGAUAAAGGAAACGAUGUUUAGAAGCAGCAAAUGGAACGAAGAAAUGGCCAAGAAGGUAAUGAGAGUGUUACCACAUUAUAACAAUACUGGAGGAUUUUUCAUAUUCAAAAUUAGGAAAGUCACCAAAGGCUUGAAUAACCAUGGACAUGAAACUGGAAUUGUAGUUGAGGAAGAGAAGAAAGAAAGGAAAAAAGCAAGAGGUUCCAAACUGUUACACGAAUAUACAACAUUUGAAGGGCCAGAAUUAAAGAAACUAAUGGAUUUCUAUGGAAUUUCAGAAAAUUUAAAUUUUUUAGUGAAGGUUUCAAGUGACAAGACUCUGCAUUUAGUGUCAGACGACUUCAAAGCUUUCAAAAGGAACAAGAACAAUAAACUCGAGCAGUGUAAGUACGCAUCUUUUGGAAGCAGAAUAUUUACCAAACUUGAUACAAAAGAUAGUUGGGACUGUGAGUUUAGAGUAACACAAGAAGGAACAAGGCUUAUUCAUAAAUAUUUCACUAAAAGGAAGUUAGUCUCUAACACAAUCUUUCUGAAAGAGCUUUUGCAAGGAUCUAUGCCAUGUGAAAAGGUAGUAGAACAUGUUGAAAGGGGAAAUUUGGUGGCAAUUGGAAGUACAGAUGAAUCAGGGAAGCUAAAAAACGGACCACUUCUAGUUUUUUCAGUAAUGAACGAUAAAGUGGCGAACCCAGAAUAUGAAGGACAGGAAUAUAUAACCAUGGCCGCAGUGGUAACAGGAAAUAAGCUACACCUAUACAUAAAGGAGGAAACUAUCAACUCUUUAAAAGUACUUUUGUAA